UCUCUGCGCCUGCGCCCCGCGCCGGAGACCUGGGGUUGGGCAGCGCCCAGUUCCGUGCAACUUUCAAGUGAGUUGCAAACUCCGCCCCGAAGCCGGUGCCGGUGGCCCGGCGCACUGAGGUCCCGGGACCUGCACGAGCGCAGGCUGCGACCAGCCACCCUUGGCCCGGGACUCCCGGCGCCCCUGGCAAGGGCCGAACGCUUCGUUCUCCGGAGCAGGAAGUGCGGGUCAGGGCUGUAACUGUCAGAGCGGCGCGGCGGGGCGAAGGAGCGCGCUGGCGGGUACCGGCUCCCGAGUCGGUCCUGCCUGCCCCGGCCCGCUCAUCUCCCCUUUCUUUAGGCUCUCCGCACAGAGAAGUUAGUGAGCGGCAGGCUCCGCCUCCACAAAGGGGCAACCCUAGUGCCCCUGUGGUUCCUGCACCUCCACCGUGGCGUAAGCGUCCCUCUCUCUGGUCGUCUUCCUGGAGGGAUCGCCCUUCCUUCCCAAGGCUGCAGAAUGGUGUCGUGGAUGAUCUGUCGCCUGGUGGUGCUGGUGUUUGGGAUGCUGUACCCAGCUUAUGCUUCCUACAAGGCUGUGAAGACCAAGAACAUUCGUGAAUAUGUCCGAUGGAUGAUGUACUGGAUCGUCUUUGCGCUCUUCAUGGCGGUGGAGACCUUCACGGACAUCUUUAUUUCCUGGUUCCCUUUCUACUACGAGAUCAAGAUGGCGUUUGUGCUGUGGCUGCUUUCGCCCUACACCAGGGGAGCCAGCAUGCUUUACCGAAAGUUUGUCCACCCAUCCUUGUCUCGCCAUGAGAAGGAAAUCGACACCUACAUUGUGCAAGCCAAGGAGCGCAGCUACGAGACGGUGCUCAGCUUUGGGAAGCGGGGCCUCAACAUUGCCGCCUCUGCUGCUGUGCAGGCUGCUACCAAGAGUCAGGGUGCACUGGCCGGGAGGCUGCGGAGCUUCUCCAUGCAGGACCUGCGCACCAUCCCUGACGGCCCCGCCCCCACCUACCAGGAUCCCCUCUACCUGGAGGACCAGGUACCCCGCCACAGGCCACCUAUCGGGCACCUCGCGCUCCCUGAAGGUUCGGACGAGGAAAAAGACCGCACCCUCAGACGUGGACAGCUAGGGUCUGCGGAGCCAGGCCGGGUCUUACCUCUUGCCCUUUGGGGUGCUGGGGCCCUUCCGAGGGACCUCUGGCCAUACCAGCAGCCCUCCUGGCCCUCCUGGCUCUUGCUGAUGGUUCCUGGCCACGUGCAGGGCAGCACCCACAAUGUACCAAAGCAGGCUGGGCUUACGGUUCUAUUUAUUGCCUUCCUCGCCCUUCUACCUUCCCAGAUGUGGGACCAGAGCCCUCCCCAGACCCCUGGAAAAUGAAACCCAAAGGUCACCCAGCUCUGUUCCUUCCUUCCUGUCCUUUAAAGUACUUGACAGCCUUUUCCAAGGCCUGUGUGUGUGUGGGGUUGCGGGGGGUUGCUCAUUGUACGGUUUGUGUUGAUGAAUGAGGCUGGGUUUGUGGAAGUUUUGAUAAAUAAACUCAUAAAAGUGCUCCAUC